UUUGUGUUGAUGCUGAUGUCGGUUAUUAGGCGGCUCGGUGGACUCGCUCUGGCCGCGGCUCGGUGACGGACGGACGGACAUCAUGUUGAGGACACGCACGGUGCUUCCCUGGCUGUCUGGGACUCGGGUGUAGGUCGGUGUUGUUGUGUUUGGGGUCUUGAAGCGCCGCGGCUUUGACUGACAGAGCGGAGGCUUGUCUCGGACCUCCGUCAGUCACCCGCCAUUUGUGAGUGAACGUUACGGAGAAUCGAAGGACAUGAGCGGAGGACUCGGACCGUUACUGUCCGCUGACAUGACGGCUGCUCGGCACGGAGGAUAGACUGCCCCGGCUGCUUCUGAGCUAGCUAAGUGAGCUAGCAGCUAGCUGUGACACGGAGCCUGUCAGCCUCCUCCUCCUCCUCCUCCUCGUCGGCCUCUGAGGAAGAAAGCUGUUCACAACUGGGAGGAUUUUUACAUCUUCAUUCCAGGAUGUGAAAAGCUGUCAUGACCUCUCGGCCACGUCUCUCUGCUUGUAUUUUUAUCUGACGACGGGCUGCCCAUCCCUCAAAUCAGGACCAGUGGUUUGUCUCCGGGUUUAGAUUUACCCACAGGACUCGUCUUCCUGUAAGAACCUUUCUUUAGACUCUCUUUGGAGAGAAGCUGUCCCAGAACUGAGACCUGGUUUUGAUUGGGAUUCGUUCUGGUCUAAAUUUCUGCUGGCCUGUUGUGAUCUUCCUUUACUCCCUGACGGCUGGUUCUCGAUGCACCCCGUGCUCCCCGAGGCCCCCUGGCCCCCUGUAGCCUGUUUUUGAAAGAGGUCCUGUCAGCUGUCAGAUAUAUUGUCCUGACUGAUCUCAGCUGAAGACUUCCUUCGUCAGUCCGGAACCCGGUCAGAGGUGGAAACGCCCUGACGAGCUCUCGGCAGGCAGCCGGAGUCUCAUGUUUCUUGAUGUGAUUUAUUUGGAGUCUCCGCUGCUCGUGUGGUCUGUGGUCUGGAGUCUGGAGUCCAGCACUGGAGCCGGUCUGAACCUGGACCUGGUCCUGUGUUUCUGUGCUGCUGAGUGAUGUCUGUGUAAAACGUCUCACAUCCUCCUGUGAGGACAGCACAGACCCCCCCCCCUCGUCUGGCCGCCGCAGACCUCGUCCAUGUCUGAGCUGUGGGCCUAAAACCAGGCUGAAGGUUGGAUCUGUCCAAUGACCUGCCAGUCCUCCGAGUCCGCAGAAACCAUCGAGAGCGACCGACGAGCCAACAACAACGCCGGGGCAGCGGAGUCGGACGAGAGCCGCAUCGCCUUAGCCAUGAAAGACCUGAGGAACACAGGCUGGUACUGGGGCAGUCUGACUGCUAACGAGGCCAAAGAGAUCCUCCAGGACGCCUCAGAGGGUACCUUCCUGGUCCGGGACAGCUCUCAGAGGGAUUACCUGUUCACCAUCUCCGCCAUGACGUCGGCGGGUCCCACCAACCUGCGAAUCGAGUACAAACACGGUAAAUUCAAGCUGGACUCGGUGGUCCUGGUGAAGCCGAAGCUGAAGCAGUUCGACGGCGUGGUCCACCUGGUGGAGCACUACGUCCAGCUGUCCAGGAGCGGCGACAAGGCGCCGUCGAACUCUCGGCCCUCGGCGGCGGCGCCCAAUGGCACGGUGCAGCUGCUGCUCACCAAACCCGUGUACACCGCCACGCCGUCGCUGCAGCACCUCUGUCGCGUCGCCAUCAACCGAACGACGCGGCGGGUCCGGGAUCUGCCGCUGCCCAACAGACUGAAAGACUACCUGAAGGACUACAGCUACAACGUGUAGAGACAGAGCAGGACUGUGGACUCAUACCUGACCGCUGACCUCCCAUCAUGCCUCGCUCCUCCGAGGACGCGGCAAGUCAAAGGGACACAAUGAUCAGCGAGUGUGACGGCUGGAGGAGCUUUGUUUGGUACCGUUCUGUCAGGUACGCAGUACACGGCAGUCAGUACUUGUACUGCGUGUAGUCAGGCCCGUCAGUACCAUGACGUGAGUUUAAGUACACGUUAGCCAGCUGCAGUGAAGCGACGGCGAGCUCGUCUCAAAGAGUCUGUUGGGAACAUAACGUCAGGUGAUCAGUUCAUGUUCAGGUCGUUACGCGAGUUUCACCGUCCUUUAACCACGAGUCACUAAAAUACCAGAAAACAGCAAAAAACACUCGUUACCAUAUAAAAACUGAGAAACUUUCACGGAUCAAACAGCUGCACGAUGAUUUUUAAUUAAUUAAUGGACUCAUCGUUGCAGCGCUGCUUCAGACCCAAACCAGAGUUAUCUAAGCUCAGCUCCGUGAACUCUGACAGACUGAAUGUCAAACCUGAUUUCCAGCGUCGCUGAGUCCUGGUUUUUACUGUUUAAUCCGACCAGAAAGAUGUUCCUCAUCAUAGAAAACGAACUGCUGAUUUGUUUUUUUAUUGAUCGGCGAAUCAAUGAAUCAGAGUUUUGUCGACUGUUGAGCAUUUUGAUUUCCAGAACAAUCUCCUGGAAAUAAAAUUCAGUAAAAACUGACGGAAACAGAAGUCAAGCAGCCAGAAUCAACUCUUCCUCCAGUCACUCCACUCUGCGGGUCCUGCCUUGAAACACAGGAGACGGAGACCUCUGAUUGGCUGCUGGACGGCCGGCCGCCAUCAAAGUUCAGCUCAGUUCAAACGUUUGUGAGGCAGCAGGACGAGGUUUCCCGAUCGAUGAGCUGCGUAGAAACAAACACUCGUUCUCCGUGUUGUUGAUCGGCAGAGUUUGACCUCUCUGGACUUCUGGUAGACUUUGUCCUGCUGGAUGUAGUACUCUGGAGCUGAGCCAAUCAAAUCACAGAAAAACAAAGUGUCACACAGGCCCCGUUAAAGCUGCUCCGAGGUCCGACAAGGCCACAUUCAGGCGUCUCACGUCCAGAUAAAUCCAGAUGAGGUUUCACCUGCAGAGUCGGCAGUUAGAAUAAAAGGUUGUCCGUCUUCUGGACCGCGUCCAUCGGGUUCAGGUUCUGGACCGCGUCCAUCGGGUUCAGGUUCUGGACCGCGUCCAUCGGGUUCAGGUUCAGAGGCGCUCGCUCAGUUCUGAUCCCGACAACAAACACGUUUCACGUUGUUUUCACUCGCAGCUCAUCCGUCACUCAGCUGGUCUGCAUCACUGACGUCAUCAGGUCUGAACGGCCGAACCUAACCUCCACCACUGUGUGAAACUUCUUUCAGAUUUACGUUUCGUUUGAGUUCACCUGAAUUCUGGAUUUUGUUUUCCAAACGAGCACAGAAAGCAGACGUUUGAUCCUCUUCUUUGGACCAUUUAACCAGACUCCAUUCAAUAACCUUACAUUUUUAGGAUUCCUCGUUGAUUGGUCAUUAUUAACACCUGCUGAAAUAUAAAAGAUGAGCCGUUUUUAAAAUGUCGGCUCUUUAAGUCAGUUUGAUCCGUUUCUAUAAUUCAUAUUUCAUUUGGCUCAUGUCUCUGAGCUGCUGCCCUGUGCUGUCGUCCACUGUGGAAACUAACUACAUGUGGAGCCACAGCGUGAACCUUCAUCACAGACUCAUCGUCAGUUGAAAGGAACACGCGGCCGAUGAGUCACCUGUUCACGAGCUUGUUCUGACAGCACACAUUUGACCUGCUUCUCCUCACACUCAGCUCCUCUCAGUGACUCUGAACAUCGAGCCUGUCGCUGGCCGCUUUCAGCCGGACCUCCAUGCUGCCGUCACUCUUCCAGGUUUUUAAGGAUCAGUGUGAAGGAGCACUUUAAUGCACGAUGAGCUCAUGUACCAGCGGGUCACUCAGGUAAAUGGGAUGCGACUGUGUGGACUCUGCGUGCUGUUUCUGUUGGCGUCUGUCGUAAUGUUCCUCUGCUUCUCUCUUUGUAUGGAGGCUAAUCAUCGAAGGGAAGUCUCACCGUUUUUCUUCUUCAGCUACGAUUUACCGCUGAUAAAGUGCAUGUUCUCUACACAUCAAACACAGACUCUCUGAAUGAAAAACCCAUUUUACUGAACAGAAAACACAAUGAGCAGGACCAGACCUGCAGAUCUUUGUACAUAUCACAGCCGCGGGACAGAUUUCCUUUGGGGAGGGAAGCCUGCGGCUCGCUGCCUGUUUUGAUUGAAAAAAUAUUUAUUGAUUGUGUCACACUGUGUUUUCUGGUACCUUUUGUUUGUAAAGAAGCUGCACAGGCUGAAAGCGUGUGCUGCCCUGCCGUCGAUCUGUCUGCUGACAGGAAGCUGUGCUGUGAUGUUCAUCAGCUCUGGUUUUGAAAUGAAUAAAGUUUUUGUAUGGU